AUGGGUCGACUCAUUGAUAUCGAGGGAACCCAGGGUUUUAUUGCGCUUGGGAUCCCAGCUCACUCUACACUAGCUAAUGUAUGGCGAAUUCAUAGACGACGAAGACAUCAGCGUGAUGCUCUUAAUUCUAUUGAGUGUGCAAUUUCGGAAGCUAAGGAGCGACGAACCCAGCAAGACGACCAAGCCCUCUGGUGUGGUAAAAGUGGCACAUACAGACCAAAGUUUUCUUCAAAAUUCACAUGGCAAAAUCUCAGGAAUCCCGAAAGGAGGAAAGCCUGGAGCUACAUGGUGUGGUUCCAAAACGCCACUCCCAAAUUCACGUUUAUUACAUGGCUUGUUAUAUCGAAUCGGCUGUCUACAGGGGAAUGUAUGGCUCAGUGGGGACAGGGAAUGGCAAUAUCAUGUAUUUUUUGCUUUGAUCCAAUGGAAAUCAGAGAGCAUCAGUUUUUCGAGUGUGGUUUUUCGCAUCAGUUGGAGGAAGCUGACAAGGGGUCUGGUUCAAGGGCAUUACACGAACAAAUGGAGUGA